AUGUGGAUUGAAGAAAAUGUAGAACGUUCCAAGUCGUCCAACCCAAUAUUCUCACUAUGUUGCAAGAAGGGUAAAGUCGUUCUUCCACCAUUGCAAAAAUCGCCUCAGCUGUUGAGCGACCUUCUGGAAAAUAGGCACGAAAAGAGCAAGAAAUUUAUCGAGGAUAUUCGUGCUUAUAAUAUGAUGUUCUCAUUCACCUCGAUGGGUGGAAAAUUGGAUUAUUCCAUAAAUCAAGGUGUCGGACCUUAUACGUUUCGGUUGAGAGGUCAGAAUCUGCAUCGCAUUGGGAGUUUAUUACCAAUGAAGAAAUACAACAUCGAAAAAAAUGCUGUGAGCAAAGGAAAAUCCAAUGACUUCGAUGAUUCUAUUGUGAAUGACCUGAAACAAAUGAUCGACGAGAGCAGUCCAUAUGCAAAGAUUUAUAGAAUGGCUGCUGAUCAUAUUUCACGAGAUAACUCAGUGGAUGUGAAGCUUCGUCUUAUAGGAAAGAGAUCAAGAGAUGGAAGGACAUACAAUAUGCCAACUACAAUAGAGGUGGCUGCUCUUAUUGUUGGAGAUUUUGAGUGUAUGCCUGAUAAGAGAGACGUAAUUGUUGAGAAGAGAAGCGGUGAACUCCAGCGCAUCAAUGAAUUUCAUCCUUCAUACCUUUCUCUUCAAUACCCACUUAUAUUCAUUUAUGGAGAGGAUGGAUUUUAUCUAGACAUUCCACAUAAUGAAUCUCAAUCCAGUGCUCUCUCCAAAAAGAGAAAGACAAAAAAGAAUGAAUCUCAAUCCAGUGAUCCCUCCAAAAAGAGAAAGAGAAAUGAAGAAGAGUCGGAAGAGAGCAAAAGGAAUACGCUUACAUUGAGGGAAUUCUUAGCAUUCAGAAUGCAAGACAGGGAAGAUGAAGGUCAACAACUUCUUCUUUCUAGACGUUUGCUUCAACAAUUUAUUGUUGACGGAUACACCAUGAUGGAAACUCAAAGGCUACAAUGGAUCCAUUACAACCAACCAUCUCUUAGGUCGGAAAGAUACAAUAAUCUUAAUGAUUCAAAAAAUAAAGGAAACACAGACAGUUCAUGUGUUGGCAAGCCUCUCAUUCUUCCAUCAUCUUUCACAGGAGGGAAGCGGUACAUGAUUCAGAAUUAUCAAGAUGCUAUGGCUAUUUGCAGGUGGACUGGAUAUCCAUCAUUGUUUAUUACUUUCACAUGUAAUCCGAAAUGGCCUGAGAUAUCGAGAUUUGUUAAAAAAAGGGGACUGAGGCCGGAAGAUAGGCAAGAUAUAUCUGUUCGUAUCUUCAGAAUCAAACUUCGCGAACUUUUGGCUGAUUUGAAGAGCGGUAAGGUUUUUGGCCAACCAACUGCACUUGUUGCAACCGUCGAAUUUCAGAAGCGAGGGCUCCCUCAUGCUCACAUCAUUCUUUUUAUUAAGAGUGAAGAUCAGCGUUACUUGAUAGAGAAUAUAGAUGAUUUCAUAUGUGCAGAAAUUCCAAAGAAAGAGGAAAAUCUCGAACUAUAUAACGCAGUUGCUGAAUGUAUGAUGCACGGUCCUUGCGGUCCAGACAGAUUAAACUCACCUUGCAUGGUGAAUUCAAAGUGCUCAAAGAGAUACCCGAAGGACUACACUGAUCAUACAAAACUUGAUGAUAACGGAUACCCAACCUAUAUGAGGAGAGACGCGGGAAUAACCGUGGAUAAAAAUGGAAUCUUACUUGAUAAUAGGUUCGUUGUUCCGUACAAUUCAUAUUUAAUUUUGAAGUAUCGAGCUCACAUCAAUGUUGAGUUCUGCAAUCAGGGACAAUCCGUGAAGUAUCUUUUCAAGUACAUCAACAAGGGUAGUGACAGGAUGGGUGCCAGAAUAACUAAGACCAAUAACGAUGAAAUUAGUGAGUACGUCGAUUGUAGAUACAUUUCUGCGUGCGAGGCUAUGUGGAGAAUAUUUGAGUUCAAAAUUCACCAUCGGACUCCGCAUGUAGAACGUUUGUCUUUCCAUUUGGAGGGAGAGCAAACAUGUGUGUUUAGAGAAGGCGAUUACAUUGAUAAUGUGUUGGUCAAGAAUACCAUUGCAGAAUCUCAAUUUCUACAAUGGAUGGAAAUAAAUAAAACAGAUCCGGAUGCUCGGAAGUUAUUGUAUAGUGAGCUUCCACAACACUACGUUUGGAAUGCAACGGAUCAAGUAUGGACCAAAAGAGACCGAGGUUUUGGCAUUGGACGCAUCUUCCAUGUCGCCCCGUCCGCUGGAAAAAUAUAUCAUCUUAGGAUACUACUGAAUCAUGUGAGGGGUGCAACAUGUUAUGAGGACUUUCGUAGGGUGAAUGGAGAACUAAAAGAGAGUUAUAAGGAAGCAUGCUAUGCAAUGGGUUUGUUAGACGACGAUAAGGAAUACAUCGAAGGAAUUAUUGAAGCAAGUUCAUGGGGGUUCUGGAGAUUACCUACGUCGCCACUUUACUACUUUACUCAUCUCGAAUAG